GGGUUACAAAGGUUCAGCACUACUGGACUUCACACUUUACAGUUUACACACAGAGAAACCGUCUCUAGGGUUAGGGCAUUACGUUCUCUGAACUUUGAAGAAGAAGAAGAUUGGAGCUUGAGCGGGUCUCAGUGAGAGAAAAAGCAUUAAAAUGGUGUACUCAAUGCAGCCGUAUGGAAUACAAUCAAUGCUCAAAGAAGGUCACAAGCACCUGUCGGGUCUUGACGAAGCCGUUCUGAAGAACAUCGAUGCCUGCAAACAGCUCUCUCAGAUUACUCGCACCUCUCUCGGACCCAAUGGUAUGAAUAAGAUGGUUAUAAACCACUUGGACAAACUGUUUGUCACAAAUGAUGCUGCCACCAUAGUUAAUGAACUUGAGGUCCAGCAUCCUGCUGCCAAAAUUUUGGUUUUAGCUGCAAAGGCUCAACAAGAGGAAAUCGGAGAUGGUGCUAAUUUGACAAUUUCCUUUGCGGGGGAGAUCCUUCAAAUGGCAGAGGAGCUUAUAAGGAUGGGCCUGCACCCAAGUGAGAUUAUCAUUGGAUACACUAAAGCAAUUAACAAGACAGUUGAAAUUUUAGAUGAACUGGUUGAGAAAGAUUCUGAAACGAUGGAUGUCAAGAAUAAGGAGCAAGUUAUUUCACGAAUGAGAGCUGCUGUUGCUAGCAAACAAUUUGGACAAGAAGACAUUUUAUGUUCACUAAUUGCUGAUGCUUGCAUUCAAGUAUGCCCUAAGAACCCAGCAAAUUUCAAUGUGGAUAAUGUACGGGUUGCAAAGCUUCUGGGUGGUGGUUUGAAUAACUCUACAGUAGUUCAGGGUAUGGUUUUGAAAAAUGAUGCUGUUGGCACCAUAAAGCAAGUGGAGAAGGCAAAGGUUGCUGUGUUUGUUGAGGGUGUUGAUACAUCUGCAACCGAAACAAAAGGAACUGUCCUUAUACAAAAUGCCGAGCAGCUAGAAAAUUAUUCGAAAACCGAAGAAUCUAAGGUUGAGGAGCUCAUCAAAGCAGUUGCAGACUCAGGUGCAAAGGUUAUUGUCAGUGGAGGUGCUGUUGGAGAAAUGGCAUUACAUUUCUGUGAGCGAUACAAACUUAUGGUAUUGAAAAUUAGCUCAAAGUUUGAAUUGAGACGAUUUUGUCGGACCACGGGUGCUGUUGCACGUUUGAAGCUCAGCCCUCCAAAUCCAGAUGACCUCGGAUAUGUUGAUUCUGUUUCAGUGGAGGAAAUUGGUGGUGUCAGGGUUAUUGUUGUAAGAAAUGGAAGUGAUGGGAACUCUGUAUCUACUGUGGUUUUACGAGGAAGUACCGAUAGUAUAUUGGAUAACCUUGAAAGAGCUGUUGAUGAUGGAGUUAAUACAUAUAAGGCAAUGUGCAGGGACAGUCGUGUUGUGCCUGGAGCUGCGGCUGCUGAAAUAGAGUUGGCCAGAAGACUGAAGGAAUUCUCUUUCAGGGAGAUAGGAUUGGAUCAGUAUGCAAUUGCAAAAUUUGCUGAAGCUUUUGAGAUGAUACCCACAACCUUGGCUGAGAAUGCUGGGCUCAAUGCGAUGGAGAUCAUAUCUUCACUUUAUGCGGAACAUGCAUCUGGAAACACCAAAGUCGGGAUCGACUUGGAGGAGGGUGCUUGUAAGGAUGUCUCUGGUAUGAACGUGUGGGACCUCUAUGUCACCAAGUAUUUUGCUCUCAAAUAUGCUGCCGAUGCAGCUUGCACUGUGCUACGAGUAGAUCAGAUUAUAAUGUCAAAACCUGCUGGUGGCCCAAGGCAAGAUGCUGCACCCGGAGGCAUGGAUGAGGACUAGCCUUUUGCUUCACUCAUCAAAUAAUCAGUUUCAUUUUGCUUGUAAUCCUUUUUGUGGUUGGUUUAGCAUCGGUUGUUUUCUUCUCCGAUGCCAAAAACUUUUUUUUAAUCAAUUUUGUUCACAAUCAAGAAAUAGGAAACGAUUCAUGCUUGUAUAUGCUAUGCUACUUCUCUAAUCGUUCGCAAAAUUGGAGGUUAUGUUGUCAUUUUUGAAAAUCUGAUGACUUUCCUUUAAUGGAUUCCUUCUGGGUACUUUUUUUGUA